ACGGGGCGGGGCGAGGCGACAGAGGACCGCGUCGCGGAGGUCCAGGCCCAAGGCCCUGGAGAGCUGAGGCACCACCACCACCUCCCCGUGCCCAGGUCGCGGCCGCUGAGGCAGCGGGGACCGCGGGUGGCCGGCGGGAGGGUAGGGCCGGGCGCAGGUCACGCGCUCGUGGGAAGACUCAGGAGGGGUGCGGCAGGUGCUCUCGAGUCCGGCGCCCGGACGCGGGGGAGCCGGGCCUACUGUAGGCACAGGAGAGUCCCGGACGGUGGCGAUACCGGCUUCUCCUUGGGACGCGGGACUUCAGGCGCUAGGAUCUGGGAACAUAGUUCUCUGUUGCCACCAUGGUCUACAUCAAUGAGCUGCCAGAGAACAUUCUACUGGAGCUGUUCAUCCAUAUCCCGGCCCUACAGCUGUUGCACAACUGCCGCCUGGUCUGCCGCCUCUGGCGAGACCUCAUCGAUGUGGUGUCCCUAUGGAAGCGCAAGUGCCUUCGAGAGGGCUUCUUAACCAAAGACUGGUGCGAGCCUGUGGAAGACUGGAAGGUCUUCUAUAUCCUGUGCAGCCUGCAGAGGAACCUCCUUCGGAACCCGUGCGCUGAAGAGAACCUGAGAUCCUGGCGGAUAGACUCCAAUGGGGGGGAUCAUUGGAAGGUGGAGAAGCUCCCCGGGAACUGUGGCACAAGCUUUCCUGACACCAAGGUCAAGAAGUAUUUUGUCACCUCUUUUGGGAUGUGCCUCAAAUCCCAGAUGGUGGACCUCAAAGCCGAGGGCUACUGGGAUGAGCUGAUGGACACCUUUCGACCCGACAUUGUGGUUAAGGACUGGGUUGCCCCCAGAGCAGACUGCGGCUGCACCUACCACCUCCGUGUACAGCUGGCCUCUGCGGACUACAUUGUCUUGGCCUCUUUUGAGCCUCCGCCUGUGACAUUCCAACAGUGGAAUGAUGCCAAAUGGCAAGAGAUUUCCCACACCUUCUCUGAUUACCCUCCAGGCGUCCGUUACAUCCUUUUUCAACAUGGGGGCAAGGACACUCAGUUCUGGCAAGGCUGGUACGGCCCCCGUGUCACCAACAGCAGCAUCAUUAUCAGCCACAGGACAGCCAAGAACCCUCCCCCUGCCAGAACUCUACGGGAAGACACUGUAGUAAUCGGAAGGAGACGGCGAACUUCGGGCUCCAACACCCAUGAGGGUACCUUAAGGCAAGAGCUAUGGCAAAGGCUAAAGCGUUAAUGGGCAGCCAGGCUCCCAGUCCCAUGAGCACCUGCCCUAUACAACCUUGGGCAUGGGCAAGCCCAUCAACUCAGUGGUGAUAAGUCGGCACCCACAGCUCUGACAUUUUGUUGUAAUAAAUGUUUUCAGUAA